AUGCGCGCCCUGAUCAGCUACUCGACCCGUCGAGCUUUUCGCGUUAAUAGUAGGCGCCCUUACAGCGCCUCAGCCGUCUACUUUCAAACUUCACGUUUCUUCGCCGCCUACGCCGAUCAGACAGUUUCACUGCCAGUCGGGAACAAUGGGCUCAUAAACCUUAGGAUCACUCGUCCGUCACUGCUGCAGGAUACGCCGCCUGGGUCCAAUAAUUCCGGGGCUAAUCGUGCUGUUCAGAACCAAGAAAAUGAAGCCCGAAUCACCAAAGAGAUAUCGCCGCAGCAUGCCUUGGCAUCGGUGACUGCUGCUACGGUGGUGACUGUCGAAUACCGCCUUGGCAAUGUAGACGAAGAGGAUGCACGCGGUUCAAUAACAAGCUCAAAAAGCCCAUCCCCAGGCUCACCCAAACUCGUGUCGACAGGCGAGGUGGGAUCAAGCUUUUAUCAAUACCCCACUCCUUUUCAUGACACGAUCGCGGGAUUCGAUUGGAUUCAAGACAACCUUCGGCCCGCACAGCUGGGGGUAUUCGGCACGCACAUUGGCGGCUCUCUCGCACUAAUGCUAGCACUCACCGAGGCAGAGAAAGUCAAGGCCGUUGCUGCCGCAGCCCCUAUAUGUGAUUGGCCAGGAUUAGAUGAAUACUGCCUCAGAAAUCCAGAGACUUUCGACGGACCUAGCAAGAGGUCGAAGAAGAAAGCAUCGAAAGCAGUCGCGCCGCCCGAUCUUGUCCCCCUACUCGAGGCGCGGAAACAAUUGUUUUCGUCGUUCGAGCGUUGCUUUGACGCAUUCGCCUCUCCCAUUCUCUUUCUCCGCUCCGCAGGCCGAGAUGUACCAAAAGCAUUCCCGCAGUAUCUCACGGGGCCGGAGUAUCCGAUCCCGGUCCUUCAGGAGACUCGAGUAGCAACUUUGGAGCGACACGGGGCCGCUGAUUCGUCCAUCUGGGACAGAAAUAUCUACCCAACUGACGAGGAAAGCAACGAGAACGAGCUACCUACUCGCCGCCGAAAGGCUCUCUCGCGUUGGCCUCCUUAUGGCCUUGACUACGGUUCAAGUGGAAAUACUUGGUCUCAGCCAGGACAUGGAGUUAGUCGCUUGGAAGUUACUCUUCCCUGGGUGAGAGUAUAUUCGGGGAACAAUAAGUCUUUGCUGCACAACUCGGAAGAGUCUACCCCGACGGUCCUUGCUCAACAAAGCGAGGAAAUGGUAUCUGUGCUCCGGCGGGCAUGUUUCUUUGGCCGCGAGAAAGGGUAUGGCGAGCGCAGGGUUACCCUAUCUCACGCAAAUGAAAGCUCUGAGCAAGAAGCAGCUCAUUGGUUUCGAAAUGUCUUCGAUGGGUCUUUCAAGGACGACUAG